GACGAAGAGGAUGACUGGAGCUUGAUUGGUCACGAUAACUCGCACCCUCUUUCGUAGAAGUGACUUUCGUUGGUAUGGACACAGCAUCCGAACAUAGUAACAGUGCCGGAUGUUCGCCGUCGCGGUCCAGUGCCAAUGAGAAAUGCUCGCAAAGGACAGGUUCUGUGGCUUCGUCCGAGUUAGACUCGGCAUUUGAAGAUCCCAAAGUCGCUACACGCACCUCCGCAAAUGGAUCGGAAACAAGAACCUCCAGUUGUUCUUCUCAGGAAAGGGAGACACUGCCUUCAACGCAGGAGGACUUGUCCGCUCAUUGGAAGAAGUGCUACAACGCUAUAUCAGAAUUCGAUUCCAAGAUCGUCUCCACGUGGACGGAAGAAAUGAAUACCAUUCUAAUUUUCGCUGGUCUUUAUUCUGCUGUCGUCACCGCUUUUCUCAUUGAAUCAUACCAAUGGCUUAGUGAAGAUCCUGUCGAAGCUCUUUUAACUCGAAUAUCCUCUCAAUUGGACCCAUCGAACUCUUCUUCCGUGAACACUCCAUUUACCCCCUCGAGGUCUAACGUCAUCAUCAAUCUCGCUUGGUUCUCCAGCCUGAUUCUAGCAUUGACAGCGGUUCUCAUGGCCAUACUCGUCAAGCAGUGGCUCGUCCAAUACUCUUGGACGAACGGGAGAUUUGUGCCUCCUCCUCGCUUGGCUGUAGGUCUGCGGCAGCUGCAUUUCAACAGCCUUAAUAGUCCACUUAUCGAAAAUAGCAUGUCAUAUGCUCCCCUUCUUCUCAUCAUAGCACUGUUCCUGUUUUUUGCCGGGCUCCUUAUCCUUCUCUGGACCCUCAAUUCCAUUAUCGCCGGCAUAAUCACCACUCUGAUAGGUUUUACGACCAUUUACUUCCUCACCACCACUAUCGCGCCCUCCUUUGACCCCAGUUCUAUGUGCCGUUCUAUACAAGCCUGGAGCUUCUAUCGGAUUGUAUCCAUUUUCCGCUUCAUCGUUACACGAGGAAAGGCUCGCUUUCUAUAUACAUGGAUAGACAUAUCCCUAGAGUAUCUGGAAGGAAAAACCGAGCACCUCGCGCGCGCGCUUUUAUGGGUGCACAACCAUGCCGUCGCUUGGGACUUUUCUAGCAUACAGUCAGUAUGGAAAUGCGCUAAAACCCUCGGCGACGUAACCGCACCAGAGGUGCUAUGCGAUAUCUACCUGGAUGAUCCUUCCGAAUCGGGGGAGCCCAUUCUAUCGAAGACUUAUACGGAUGUCUGGAGGACUUGGAUAGGUGACGGAGAGAUCGAGGAAACAUACAGACUAUUGCUAUGGACCUUUCCCGACGAUUCUUGGGCGACCAGGAGCGCAAAAAAUAAUGCCAAUCAUGUCGACGCAUUCUGCUCCUUGCAUUUCGGAAUCGUGUACCAGUUCAGCGAUGUGCACGAAAUCUUAAACGGCCUGACCAAGCUUGCCGAUUUACUAUCGUCAACAGAUACCAGGCUAUUCAGCCUACCUAGAGAUGAAGGGAGCUUCCCGACGUCCGUUGCUGAAGGUAUCGUUUAUACUAUCGAUUUCGCCAUGACCUUGCCUUGGUCCGGAACACCUGUCAUUGAUGAAAGUACGACCACUCAAGUAUCCCAAUUUCUGACCUCAUUAGUCGAAGCAGCAUGUCAAACGUUGCGAAGAACCACUACCGAUGAAAGGGCUUCAUUUCGUUCGCUGGCUGCAGCAGCGAUAAAUACUGCUCACUUCAUAGCGGUUCAGCUCAAAGAGCCUGACCUGAUGAGCGAUAAGCAAUUGCUUAGACUAUUUGAUGCGAUGGAAGCAUUCAUAGUGUCUUCAGACCUUCCGCCCUCUGAAAGCCGGAAUAUCCUGGAGUUCUGGGCUCCCACUCUACUUCGAUACUGCGGCAAGUCCAAUUGGGAGAUUUGGAACAAUCGUCAGCAGAUGCACUCGUCUAUGAGGGCGCUUAUAGCUGCAUUUGACGACGUUCCACUGAAUACUUAUGAUUCUGACGAUCAUUCCGAUAUCCUCAUGCUGUAUAUGCUGUACGGCAGCUCAGACAAACGAUGUUUGGUUUAUAAGCACGCGGCUCAGCUCGGUAUUCCCAUCGAUAACUUAUAUACUCCGGGGGGUGCUCAGUGGUGGAAGGAGAGGUUAACAUGUUCGGAAAUCAGUGCUGUCAUACACGCCUUGGUCGACACCCUGCUCGCUCCAACGGCAUGGUCAUCAUCCGGCGGAAACUACUUCGACAUUCUAUGUGCGCUUCUUUCAGUACAUACGACAGAUGAGAAGACUCUCGACCAAGUUGAACUUCUCUUGCAAAAUCGGGUUAAUGAAUGCCUUUCCUCAAGCACGUUUCUUAGCAACAGAGAUGCUAUUCAUAAGGAUAUCUACUCCUGGUCACAAUCCUUGAUUCAGAUUUUGUCGAAUCCUGCGGCAGCCGAUUUGCGGUUGGCAUUGGUGCCCAGAGUUCUUCCUAAUUUGAUACGCUACGCAAAAUGGAACUAUAGUUCUGAUGGGAAUAUGACGAAGGGGUUCGUAUCCUCUUCUGCAGUUGCGUUAGAAUUGGGCUGCUAUAAUCCCAUUGCUGAAGUAUUUGAUGACAUGAAGGAGCUCAUGACGUUAAUGACACAAUUCCUUGAGAACGACUAUGAUGCAUGCAGCUUCGAGGGUCGAAAUGCACUGCGAGAUUGGAAGGAUGUUGUGGAUCGGUUACCCCAGGAUGUUGGCUCUUUUUACGAGAUUCCAUACACAUUACUAGUUCAGAGUAUUCGAAAUCAUUAACGUCGAAACAGAUUGGAUUUGAAGGAAGUAAAUAUGUACUAGUUUAUAAUGAGUCCAGAUAUGUUUAAUAAUGCGUGUAUAGUGGGUGGAGAGAUUCUAAGUAAACGAGGGUGCUGAAAAGGACGAUAAACAAAGUCCCAUAACGGUCUAACAAUAAUGAAGGGAUAAAAACAAGAGGUAACCCCCUGACGAUGAUGGUUGAAAAUGCUACAGUGAUGAUGCAAGUCUGAGAAACAAUAGAUAAAAUGCAAGAUAAAGAAUGAUGAGAAACGUAGCGCUGAAGGGAAUAGACACCCAAUGUUCCUGUAAACUAGGCUUCAAAUUCGAAGGUUGAUACC